AUGAGCAAGAUUUCCGGAUUCUGGGAUCAGGUCGAUCCCGAUACCUCAGCACUUCCCCAUCAACUUUGUCCUCCGUGUAAAAAGUACUGCUCUACUUCAAAGUUACUACAAACCCUACCGCAAGACUAUGCAACGUGGGAACAGGAACAGAAGGACGGCAGACCUCUGACUCUACGAAGUCAAGAUCAAGAGUCGUAUCAGAUUCACGAGUAUUCGGAACUCCGUCGGUGCGUCUCGGAAGGUCAAUGCCACCUAUGCGCCAUCAUCUGGGCCGAGUUGCAAUCCGAGGCUGGAUAUGAUCCGUUGGCGGAGCUGCGCCGCCUUGAGCAUGAGGGAGUAACAUUGACUGGAGUCCUGAAAGGAGGGGGCAAACUGUUUAUCAACCACCGUCUUCUGACCUUUCGCAUUGGGGAGAAAGAGUCAAAUACAGCAAUGCAGCUACUUAUGUCCGCUGAGCCACAUACCGCACCCAUCAAACAGGAGGUUGAUGCCCAACUGGCCUUCUCUACCGACUCGGAUGCUACCUUAUCUCUUGCGGGCAAAUGGCUCCGCGAUUGCAUUGAACAGGAUUCGGCUUGCGGCAGUGAGAGGCAAAGUGCCGUAUACGAUAGGACAUUGCCUGCAAGAUUGAUCCGCGUUGACGGCGAAUGUCCUGGCUCACAAUCAGCCCAUGUCGUGGAUACGAACGGGCUGUCUUCAGAUACUGCUUACCUCACGCUCAGCCACUCGUGGGGAGAUGGCAAAUUUCUGAAACUGCUGUCGACGGAUACAACACGGCUCUAUUCUACCAUUCCAGUGGACGAGUUGAGCAGGACUCACAAUGAUGCUCUGUCGAUAACACGAAGACUGGGGUACCGUUAUCUCUGGAUUGACUCGCUCUGCAUCAUUCAAGACUCCGAUGAUGACUGGCGAUCACAGUCCGCUCAAAUGGCUUCAAUCUACGGAAAUUCAACAUGUAACAUCGCAGCAGAGAAUCCUUCGGGGUCCGGUGGAUGCUUCGUCCGCCGCAACCCCUUAAUGCAACGACCCUGCCAAUUGACUCACAGCAACGAUCUGGAUCCGGCAGAAGGAGUUUACGCCCAUCGAUAUCACACUGCAAACUGGUCUGCAUUCCCAGAGUAUUAUUGUUCCCCUUCCACACUCUUGACUCGAGCGUGGGUCCAACAAGAACGCAUCCUGUCUCCUCGGGUUCUGUACUUUGGCGGCCCUGAAAUACAUUGGGAAUGUUGUUCAUUCCAAGCUUCCGAAGCGUGGCCAAAUGGGUCGCCCAACGCAGACGACCAUGGCUUUGACGAGGUCUAUCCGCUCAAAGCAGCGUUUGAGUCCCUGAUCACCCCGUUCACGAGCUGGGGACGUGACGACGUCAACGAGUUCGUCUACGAGCUGUGGCAUAACGGAGUGUUUCGGCAGUAUACCGCGGCCGACCUAACGUUUGAGAAGGACAGACUGGUGGCUCUCGCUGGCAUUGCUGGAGUCAUUCAGCGGCGCACAGGCAUGACUUAUGUGGCCGGGUUGUGGAAGGAAUUCCUGCCCAUGGACCUCAUGUGGCGUAAAAUGGAUGUCCCGGUGCCAGGGCAGAAACGGCUCGACCCUUUGCCUUGGAAAGCGCCCUCCUGGUCCUGGGCAUCGGUCAAAGGCCGUAAAAGGUUUGAUCUCGGCGCGCUGCAAAAGCCUGAGGAUGACAAUGUGCUGUAUUGCUCCCGUGUCCUGGAAUGUGUUGUAGAGCCAUUGGACGUCGCACAGCCGAUACUGGGUGAGGUUUCAGGCGGGACCAUAACCCUGACUGGCUUUCUUGCGCCUCUGAUUAGACCCAGUCCGUCGGAUACAGCAGAAGGUGAUAGGUCAGAACAAUCCAGAAAGCCGAAGGACAUCACGCUGGAUAUUGAUCUCCCGUCGUCAACGGAGCUGUUCUACUUUUGUCUCAUGAAGACUAGGGACUACGAGACGACAUCUACGAACAGAGGGCUUGUGCUGGCCAAAGCUGUGGCCGAGAAGGGGGAGGAGCCAAACUCCGCCAAGUAUACUGGCAGAUACGUUCGAGUCGGUGUGUUCAUGAGUUCACACAAGAGUGGCAUGAGCAGCAUUUUUGAAGGAGUCGACGAGGCUUCCAUCACUUUAUGUUGA